GAGGCCAAUCUGCAUUCAGAUUUCAGAGUCAGGUUCAGGUUCAGCUGAGGGUUGUUGGAUUAUUUUCAGAUAACAAAAGAUGGCAGCUGCAAUGAAACUCAUCUCUGUUAUGGGAUUGAUUGUGCUUAUUAGCCUGGGAAAGGUGGUUGAUGCAGCAGGGGAAUGUGGGAAAUCAUCUCCUGAUAAUGAGGCAAUGAAGCUAGCCCCAUGUGCUGAAGCUGCACAAGACGAGAAUGCCCCUGUUUCAACCAGUUGCUGCGCCCAGGUGAGGAAAAUCGGCCAAAGUCCGAAAUGUCUCUGUGCCGUUAUGCUCUCUAACACUGCUAAAGCAUCUGGAAUCAAGCCUGAGAUUGCCGUAACCAUCCCUAAACGCUGCAACAUAGCCAACCGUCCAGUCGGUUACAAAUGUGGAGCAUAUACACUUCCUUGAAUGGAAAAUUUGGGAGACAUAAAAAGUGCUGGAGCUCACUUGUUGUACCACUUAAUAUGUAGCUUUAAGCUUACCUUUGUAUGAAUAACAGCUUAAAGCAUGUUUAUAUUAUAUCCAAUCUUGAAGUUCAAUAAAAUCAUCCAUGUUUCUGCUUUUAA